CUUAUUGUUGUUGAAGAAAACCAAGCCCACUCCCAUAGUCCCAUUGGCCAUUGCUAACUUUCCAGCACAGUCCGCGAAGAGAGCAUCGGAUGAUCUGAACAGCGAGAGGCGCUCACCGGAAAUGAUGAGAGGCGCGAGCGCUAUGGCGGCAUUUCGGGCGGGACUCCGAUCUUACUGUACCCACAGCGCUGACGCAUUUCAGAGCUCUAAAAUUAGAAUCUUCGAUCGCCAUCUUAAACGCAAACAGCGUGAUAGAGCAGCUUGGUUGAUGCGCCCCAAUGAUUCUUUGCUUGAUACUGUUUGUGAGAAUUUACUCGAUCGUUUGGAGGACUGUAGAAAAACAUUUCCUACAGCACUGUGCAUGGGGGGAUCUAUGGAAACUAUCAGGCAUUUGUUACGUGGGCGUGGUGGUAUUGAAAAACUAAUUAUGAUGGAUACAUCACCUGACAUGAUCAAACGAUGUAAAGAUGCUCACCAUGAUUGCCCCAAUGAGAAAGUUGAAACGUCAUUUAUUCUUGGCGAUGAAGAGUUUUUGCCUCUUAAAGAAAGUUCCUUGGAUCUUGUUAUUAGUAGUUUGGGCCUGCACUGGACAAAUGAUCUUCCUGGAGCUAUGAUCCAGUGUAGAUUGGCACUGAAGCCAGAUGGUCUAUUCUUGGCAGCUAUUCUCGGGGGAGAAACAUUAAAGGAACUGAGAAUAGCAUGCACUGUGGCUCAAAUGGAACGUGAAGGAGGCAUUAGUCCACGGAUGUCACCUUUGGCACAUGUGCGGGAUGCUGGAAAUCUUUUGACCAGAGCAGGCUUUACUCUUCCUGGUGUUGAUGUUGAUGAGUAUACUGUUAGAUAUAAGAGUGCUUUGGAACUGAUUGAGCAUCUUCGUUCUAUGGGUGAAACAAAUGCCCUCUUACAAAGAAGCAGUAUCUUGAAGAGGGACACAGCGGUCGCCACAGCAGCCAUUUACGAAUCAAUGUUUGCUGCAGAUGAUGGCACCAUACCAGCAACAUUCCAGGUUAUAUACAUGACUGGGUGGAGGGAAGAUCCUUCUCAACAGAAAGCCAAGUGCAGGGGCUCUGCCACAAUAUCCUUUCAGGACCUUCACAAGCAGUUUGGUGGCGGCAACAGUGAUCGUGGCAGUUGAAGUGUUGAGACAUUCUCAUGUGUUAUAUUAGGUACUAUGAUGUACCUGUUCUGAUGUCUCUUAUCUUUCUCUUAAUAAAAUGAGAAGUUUGUGUGAUUAGUAUAUAUGUUGACUUGUGUUUUACUUGGUCACAUAGUCUGAUAGGUUUGGUUUGGCUGUGUGCUUUUGGACAUGCUCUAGAGCUCUCCUGGUGAGAAUUUAGUCUAAGGUCGUGAAACUUUACAAGUUACUCUGUAGUUUGUACUUUUAUAUUUAGGGGGUGUUUCUCAGUGCUAGUGUUUAUUG